AUGGCUAAAGCCACGGCGAUGUACCUGGAACAUUAUUUAGACAGCUUGGAUCUGCUCCCUGCGGAGAUGCAGCGAAACUUUCACUUAAUGAGUGAUCUAGAUCAGAGAUCUCAAGACCUGAUGAAGAAAAUAGAUAAAGCGGCGACAGACUACUUGAGCAAAGUCCGCCACAUGUCCCCUGACAAGCGGACGAAUCAGCUGAACCAUAUUGAGUCCAUGUUCAUGAAAAAUAGAGAAUAUGGUGACGAUAAAGUGUCACUUGCCAUGCAGACGUAUGAAAUGGUUGACAAACAUAUACGGAAGCUGGACUCAGAACUGGCGCGGUUUGAGGCAGAUUUAAAGGACAAAAGUUCCGGGCACAAGAAUUCCAUAACUGAAGCAAAAGUUACAACGGCCCAGAAAAAAGGUGAGAAGGAAAAGAAGAAACGAAAGAGCAACAAAGAUGACUUUGAAGAUGAGAUUCCAAAGAAAAAGAAGAAGAAAGGAUUGUUUGCAGAUGAAGAAACAGAAAUCGAGGCUCUGAGUCCCUUCCCCCUGUCCACCCACCCGUCAGAUGUUCUUGACAUGCCAGUGGACCCCAACGAGCCCACGUACUGUUUGUGCAACCAGGUCUCUUACGGGGAAAUGAUUGGCUGCGAUAAUCCAGACUGCCCUAUUGAAUGGUUUCAUUUUGCCUGCGUCCAACUCAAGACAAAGCCGAAAGGCAAGUGGUACUGUCCUCGAUGCCAGGAGGAUCGAAAGAAGAAAUAA